AUGCCCCGUGUCAUUAAUCGCCGUGGAGGCCGCGUUAUCCCCGGCCCAGGUCGUGGCGGCUUUCGUGGCGGCUUAAUAGGAGGACGUGGAGGUUUUGGCGUACCACUCGUUCCUGUUGUAAAUGAUGGAAACGUGGAAUAUGUGACAGAAGAAUCCUCCUCUUCGCCAUCGAGGCCUGCAGAAGGGGGGUCCGAUGGGGAGUUCGAACCUGAUCUCGAGGACGUAUUCCUCGUCAAGGACCUGCUCAAGCGCGCCGGAGAUCUGCCCGAUGAAAUUGCACUCAUGAUACUGGACAGUGCCGAGUAUUGGGCCUGCUCGUCUACUACCGUUGAAUACGACAAUCUCCAACGAGGAAGUCUGCAUAUUCGCGGCACCACAGGCGAGAACAAAUUCCUGGUACGCAGUGAGCCCCUAGGCAUGUCGCUAUGGUCACCAGAUGAUCAGGAAGCGUGGCACUCGCAGGCUCGGCCACAAGAAAUCAGAGAGGUUGUUUCGCGCGAGAAGCUGCACGAGUAUGUGGACAAGCGUAUUGAUGCCGCGCUGGAGAGCCCAUGCAGGAAGAUUGUGUUCAAGAUUACCAGUCACGAUCAAGGCUGGGGUGGGAAUAUCGCAGACAAAGGCACUUUCAAGGGAUCUUGGACAUGGUUUGAUGCCGGAAUUGACCGUUUCACUUCCGAGCCCGAGUCUCUCAACGGCAAGGCGCCAUCCGAGGGCAGCGGGGAUGUCUCAGUCAGUUCACUGCGGCCCGUAUGGCCGCCCAUCAAGGAAGCUGAUGAUGGGUCUACCGUGUACGACCACGGUGUCCAUGCAGCUCAAGAUCAUAAGAUACAGGGCAAUAAGACGGCAACUCGCGAGACUCAGCAUCACACUGUCGAAUGGAAUUACGCAGAUGAUAUCAAUCCCGAACUUUCAGAGGCAGACAAACUGGAAGAUAUUGGUCGAGGUCGCGCAACUGGCAAUGGCGAGUUUGUAAGAAACCUCAAACUGGGAGACAUGGUCACCGUGUGGGGAAGAGCUCGGUUCGGAGGAUGGGAGAAUGUCGUGAAGAAGGUUGAAUUGAAGAUAUAUUGGAAGGCUGCCUAG